UCUAUAAAUAAAGCACCAAUUCCCCAACCCUCGAGUCAUUCAUUCAUUCACACGCUUCAAAGCAAACGCCGAUUCUUCUCUCUUGACUCGUCUUUGAGACUUUCAACUAUGUCGAAGAAGAUCGUCCUCAAGAGCUCCGACGGCGAAUCGUUCGAGGUCGACGAAGCUGUCGCGCUCGAGUCCCAGACGAUUAAGCACAUGGUGGAGGACGACUGCGCCGGUAACGGAAUUCCUCUUCCGAACGUCACCAGUGCCAUCCUCGCGAAGGUUAUCGAGUACUGCAAGAAGCACGUCGACGCAGCCGCCGAAGCAAACGCUGGAGACAAGGAUUUCAGUGGUACCGCCGAAAACAGCGAGCUCAAGAGUUGGGACGAAGAGUUCGUCAAAGUCGAUCAGCCUACGCUCUUUGAUAUCAUCCUGGCUGCUAACUAUCUGAACAUCCCUGGACUUCUUGACCUUACGUGCAAGACCGUCGCCGAUAUGAUGAGAGGCAAGACUCCAGAGGAAAUGCGCAAGCACUUCAACAUCGUCAACGACUACACACCCGAGGAAGAAGCUGAGGUUCGCAAGGAGAACGCAUGGGCCUUCGAGUGA